CUGUGUGCGACACUUGUUUCCCGGAAUCUCUUUCCGAAGCAUCCAGCAUCUCGACCGACCGGAGUCGUCAGUCCUGUCGGUGAUCGCGGAGCUCCGAGAAUUGUUCGCUCUCGUUGCAUUUAUCGAACAAUGAGCACCGUACUCGGACGUGUAAUUGUGUACGGGGGCAAGGGCGCUCUUGGCUCGGCCUGCGUCUCCCAAUUUAAAUCGCGAAAUUGGUGGGUUGGUUCCAUUGAUAUGAAAUCAAAUGAACAAGCGGAUGCAAAUAUCAUAGUAAAUCCGGAGAGUAAUUGGCAACAGCAGCAAGUAGAAGUUUUGGCCCAAAUCAAGGACACAUUGAAAGAUGAGAAGGUUGACGGUAUUAUUUGCGUAGCCGGAGGUUGGGCGGGUGGCAAUGCAAUCCACAAAGAUUUCAUAAAGAAUUGCGAUCUCAUGUGGAAACAGAGCGUUUGGAGUUCGGUUUUAGCAGCUAACAUCGCGGCCGAAUGCUUGAAGAAGGGAGGCUUCCUUACAUUGACCGGUGCCAAAGCGGCACUGGAAGGAACACCAGGUAUGAUCGGCUACGGUAUGGCAAAGGCGGCGGUUCAUCAGCUGACAAGUUCUUUAGCUGCCAAAAACAGCGGACUUCCAGAAGAUAGUUUGGUAGUCGCUAUACUACCUGUUACUUUGGAUACGCCAAUGAAUAGAAAGUGGAUGCCCAAUGCUGAUACGAGCACCUGGACUCCACUUGACUUUGUGUCAAAUUUGUUCUGGGAGUGGUCGCAGAAUCAAGAUCGACCUGCUAAUGGUUCUCUUCUGCAACUCAUUACCAAGGACAACAAGACGCAAGUGAUUCAGGCUUCCAAAAUGUAAAACGAACAACGACCAUGGGAACAAACAUUCAUGACAAUAUAAUAAAUGUAAAGAUGUA